AUGUCUCUCGUCAACCUUGCGGCUGCCCUACAAAACUCCGGUUACAUCUCCUCCGUCGUCCGCGCUGGCCCAACUCCACCCCCUGCGCAUCCCAUCCUCGGUUAUCCUACAGCUGAAAACGUGGAACCUAUCACUCGAGAAAAUGUUGCGUCAAGACGGCUCUGGCUCGGCCUGAAGUACUGGCGCAACGAGUCCGUUCUCGGAAAGAUCACCAUGGUCAGCAAGCCAACCCGACGAAUCACUCUCGAUGUCGAGAGCUUGCGCCGGAUUGUCCGUGGAGACGAAGCACAGCAUGUGGCCGGUCUGCGUUCUCCAGGAGAGAGUCUUUAUAUUUCGACGGAUCGCGGCAUCUUAGAGGCACGCGAGUGCGUGGAGAAGAAGAUGGGUGGAUUGGUGCUGUGCCGCGUUGGCGCUUAA